AAUCUUCUGAGGCCUGGUAAAAUCCGAUGCUAUAGGUCCGGAACGCCUCAUGUCGUCCCUCAAUCAAGAACGAUCCACUGGACCGCUCUGGCUCGGGACAGGUACGACUGGAGACGCUCUUGCGCCUGCUCGAGGAAAUCGAUAAUCAACGGGACGAUAGGUGAUACAGGUGAUAUUGCAAAACCGUUCGAGUAA